CCUGAGUAUAAAAGGUCUUCGCAGUGGUCAUUGUUCUUCAAAGCCCGUCUCAGAGCUGCAGAAACAUUAAGACCUAAAAACUACAGAAAACACUCCUUGGUCCAACCAUGAACAAACUACUGUGGAGCUGUGCAGCACUACUGACUCUGUUUGUGGCAGUCAGUUCUCUCACCUGUAACACCUGCGACGUGUCGAUCCUCGGCUACUGCGCCGGAACCACACCUGUAACCUGCACAGGAAACCAGAACCGAUGCUACUCUGGAAUCGCCAAGUUUAGCGCCGACCUGCUGAACGUCCAUGCACGAGGCUGCAUAGCGGCUGCUGCAUGCACCAACCAGACGGGCUCCAUCCUCACCCUCAACUACUCCAUCACCAGGACCUGCUGCAGCACCAACCUGUGCAACGAAGCUGCCCCCGCCCAGCUGCCCCUGUCUGCAGGCCUGUGCGCCGCCCUGGUGGCCGUCUGGAGCCAGUUUUACAAUUAACAAUUAAUUAGUGCGUCCCAGUGAUAUAACGGAGGGAUAGAGGCACAGUCGUUACAGCAUCAUGUGAUGUUGCAGGAAAACUACAUUUCCUUUAAGGACAGUUUGUCGCUGUAGAUAUCACAACUGUAUAACUGCGCUUUCCUGUAAUUCUCAUUUUUGGCCACCUUAACGUGUCAAAUCUGUAUCAGAACCUUUCCAGACUGUUGUGAUUCCACUGUAUUGGCCAGUUUCACCCAUAUUUAAUGCUGAUUUCAGGGAAGCUAAAUCUUGUGUUUUUUUUGUUUAUUUUGUGUUUGUGUGUAUUUAGUUUCAGUAAAUGACUGAUGGAAUAACUCUGAGACAGGAUUUAAAUGCCUUAAAGUAAUAAGACAGUAGUUAAAGAAAUGGUUUGACAUAUUGGGACAAUUAGCUGUCUGUAUGCUAAAUAAGAAGCUACCAGCAGGUAGCUCAGCAGACAGGGGAGACAGCUAGCAUGGCUUUAUAUGAAGUCAACAAACCGCAUAAAAGCCAUCAUUUCUCAUACUGACAGUAUGCUUUAUGUACAGAAAAUUUCAGUUCAUAAUGCUCUCUUACAACCUUUGUUCAUACAUUCAUGCUAGCUGUUUCCCCCAGGUUUUAGUCUUUGCGCUAAGCCAAGCUAAGCUAAGCUAACUGGCUGAUGUUGGCUGUACAGGCAUGAGAAAGGCACCAAUCUUUUUAUCUAAAUGGCACCAAGAAAGCAAAUGUUUCCCAAACUACUCCUUUAAGUCCCAGUGAUUUAACCUGCUUUAGUCAACACAACUCUCUCUAUAUUUGAGAGUAUGAAGCUGCUAGCUGCCUUGUUUUGCCUUGCCCGCCUAGCUUAGCUUAACAGACAGGCGAAACAGCUAACAUGGCUUUAUAUGAAGUCAACAAACCACCUAAAAACCAUAAUUUCUCAUUUUGACAGUUGGCUUUAUGUACAGAUAAUUCUAGUUUAUGAUGGUCUGUUACAACUUUCGUUAACAUGCUAGCUGUUUCCCCCAGUUUCUAGCCUUUACGGUAAGCUAAGCUAACUGGCUGUUUGUUGGCUGUAAAGGCAUCAGAAAGGCACCAAUCUUUUUAUCUAAUUUUCACUCCUGUUGUCCUCAUUUACGGGCACCAAAAAAUAUUGUUUCCUUGUCUGAAAAAAAUCCCCAAAUUCAGCAAAAAAAAUUCCCCAAAUUUAUGAAAAUUUGCAAAACCUUCAGGAAGAAAAUUCCAAUAAUUCCUGAAAAGUUUUAUUUUUAAAAAUCCCCCAAAUUUGGCAAGAAAAUAUUUGGAAAUAUUUUCAAAAAAAUGAGUAAAAAUCUUCCAAAAAAAAUCCUAAAAAUGUCUAAAGUGAUUCCAUGUAUAUCAGUAAAACUUCUAUUUUCUUUAAGAACAUUCACAUAAAAAUCAACCAAAAUCCAGUGAAAUUCUUUUUUUGAGAAUGUUCUGAAGAAACAUUUUUAACAUUUCUUUUUUUCCACCAAAAAAUGUUCAGAGAUUUCCCAAAAAUGUUGAAAAUGUGGACAUCAGAAGCUUCACUGUGAAAAAUUUUUUUUUUUCCCCCACAUUUUCAAACUUUAAAGCGGGUCAAUUUGACCCGCAGGACGACACGAGGGUUAAUACUUUUGGUAUUUUGCAAAUGUCAUUUAUAUAAGACAAACCAUUUGGGACCCAAUACUGACACCUGGGGGACACAACAAGCAAUGUCCAAGCACAACAAUGAUAUCUAUCCCAACUUCUCUGAUAGUUUCCUGUCCUUUAAGUAACUUUUCACCCGCCUGAUCCCAUACUGUUGAAACUUACUUAUUAAUAUGUCAUGGUUUAUGGUGUCAAAAGCUUUUCUGAGAUCGAUAAAUUCUCCUACUGCAUACUGUUUGUGAUCUACUGCGUUUUUAAUUAAUCCUCAUGGAUGAAUCAUCUGGCACUAGAGAGGAAGACCAUCAAACAUCCACGUCAGCUGAUGGAGGUCCAAGAGUCUCACCCAACAAACAACCUACAGAGUGAAGACCUCCAAUCUGAUUGGACGGCCUCCUAUUCAGCCACGUGUGAACAAAUGCCUCUAAGCUGAUUUGUUUUCUAAAAUAAAUCUAGUUUGAGUCCUAA